UCCUCCCCUGUUGGUUGCUCACGAGCGCUACGCGUCUACCAGUCUCAUUCGUCGCUGGGUUUUGACGUGCUGGAGCUUGGGAGAAACGCUGCCUCAAAAGGCUCACCCGGUCGAAUCGGUUUCCCCAAUACCUCACCCUCAUCAUGGAGAAGAACGGAGUCACCCCCGCCGUCGAGGCGCCCAACAGCGACGCUUAUUAUGACGACAAGGCGUCGUCGACCAAACAGGACAACUACACGGUCGACGUUGCCCCCGCGCGUCGCGGGACGAUUCACGAUGGGGUUUGGGGCGAUCUUGAUGAAGACGGACCCAACUAUCGUGGCUUGGGAUGGGUGCGCACGUCCAUCAUCAUGAUCAAGAUCCAAUUCGGCCUCGGCGUGCUCGUCAUGCCCUCGAUCCUCCACACCCUCGGCAUGGUGCCGGGGAUCAUUAUCCUUAUUGCGCUCGGUCUCUUGACUUCAUGGACGGACUGGAUCGUUGGCACUUUCAAGAUCGCGCACCCCGAGGUCUAUACACUCGCGGACGUCGGUAUGCUCAUGUUCGGCAAAGUUGGACGCGAGGUGUUGUUCGUUAUGUACUGGCUCUACCUUAUCUUCGUCGCCGCCGCCGGUCUGCUCGGCGCCUCGACGGCGCUUAACGCGUUGAGCGAGCACGCCCUCUGCACAGCGAUUUUCGUGUUCAUCUGCGCGGUCGUGGUCGCGGGCAUUGCGGCCAUUCAGACCCUCGACAAGAUCUCGUGGUUCACUUGGGUCGGCGUCGUCGGUAUUUUCUCGUCCCUCAUUACUCUCGCCAUCGCCGUGGGCAUCCAGGACCGCCCCAGUACCGCUCCUCAGGCUCCGCUGCCCUGGGACAAGAACGUGGUCGCCUUCAACAACCCCACCCUCCUUGAGGCUAUGGCAGCCAUCUCCACUAUCAUUUUCUCGUACUCGGGAACGCCUGCGUUCUUCAGUGUGAUCAGCGAGAUGCGCGACCCGAGAAAGUACAACAAGGCGCUUAUCCUGUGCCAGGCUGUCGUCAUCGGCGGCUUCGUAAUCUUGGGCGCGGUCGUGUACCACUUUGUUGGUGUUUAUGUUGCCUCUCCGGCCCUGGGCUCCGCUGGCGUGACGAUGAAGAAGGUGUGCUACGGCCUUGCCCUUCCGGGCCUCAUUGCCGGCGCCGUCAUCAACUGUCACGUCCCCGCUAAGCUCGUGUUUGUGCGCAUCUUCCGCAACUCACACCACCUGUCCAAGAACACCCCUACCCACAUCAUCACGUGGCUCGGCUGCAUCUUCACCAACGUGUCAAUCUCGUUCAUCAUCGCCGAGGCCAUUCCCGUUUUCGGCAAUCUUCUCUCCUUUGCGGGUGCCCUCCUCUCGACCCCGCUCUGCCUUACAAUUGAGUGCAUGAUGUUCAUUUGGGAAGACAAGCGAACUGGCCGUCUCCACAGCGGCAUGUCGAUCGGUCGCAAGAUCCUCCACGCCGCCAACUUCCUCCUCAUUCUCGGCUCCUUCUUCUGCAUGAUCACUGGUAUGUGGGCCUCGAUUGACGCCAUUCGCGGCGAUGUGAAGAAGGGAAACACCGUCGCCCCCUUCUCGUGUGCAGACAACUCGAACUCGUAAGCGCAGUCAAGGUGUCCAUGUGUCGGGACACAACGAGUGGGAUGUCGGAGCACAGUGGGAGAGCGUUCAGUGUGGGGUGGGGAAAGUUGUUCGGGUUUGCCGGGAGAGGGAAGUUUGGGAUUGUAAGCUUUGGAUAGUUGUUCAUGAGCAGGUAUGCAUCUGGUCCUCGCUG